AACAACGCCUAGAUGAUAAGCCACUUCCGUUUGUUCGGCAUUUAAGAACAUUUUAAUAACUAUUUAAUUAUGGAAGAAGCUUUGCUGUGGUCUGUCAAAAAUGGGGAACUGGACGAAGUUAAAAAGAUUGUAGGAAACCAGCCUGAUCUUCUGAAGAAAGAACUUGCCAGUGGUCGGUUGGCUAUACACUAUGCUGCUGAUUAUGGCCAGCCGGAUGUGAUAGAAUACUUGAUAUCCAAAGGAGCUGACGUAAAUAUACCUGACAAACAUGGGAUCACUCCAUUGUUAGCAGCUAUAUAUGAAGGUCACACAAAAUGUGUCAAAUCUCUCUUACAAAAGGGUGCUGAUAAGAAUGGUAAAGACCCAUCAGGGCAGUCAUACUACGAGUGCGCUGAGGUUCAAGAAAUAAAAGAUCUCUUGAAAUAAUGAAGAACCCGUGACAGACAGACAGACAAUUAGAUGUUCUCUUGUGGAUGAUGCUGGGAGAAUUCAGUUUCCAUAGUCUCGGGUGUGUCCAGUAUUUACUCAUGUCUCCUGUAUUGCUUGAUGCCUUGCUGGUUGGUGCACUCAAUGACCCGACAUGUGAAAUUGGAAAUUAACAGCUCAGAAUAAACCAGUGAUGACGACACUCAAAUAUAAUAAUCUUUAUUAAAAAAACAUAUAAAACAUUAUUUAAAUAAAAUUUUGAUUGAAUGACACUUUAAAAAAUAUAUAUAUUAUAUACUAUGUCUAGACUGUCUAAUUCAGAAAUCUGUACAGUUUGAUUCUAUCACGAGGUAUUUUCAUCAGUUUUGCGUGGAUCAAGUUUUAGACAAAGCCCAGUGGAGUUCUGUUGAUUUAGAUACAUUUGGGAUCAGCAAAAUGUAUAACAUUUUCUGUUGUUGAACAGAUUUAACAGUGCCAUUAUCAAAUUUGGGACUCUUAAAAAUCAGCCUGGUUUAAACACAUUUCUGGAUUAAAUGGUGUGUUGCAUACAUAUUUUAUAUUUAUCUAUAAAUUUAUAUAUAUAAUAUAUAUAUAUAUAUAUACAUGUGUACAUAGAAAUGGGGGGGAAGAAAAAAAGAGCAAAAAGACAUUUAGAGUUCACUUUCUCCAUUAUGCUUACUAAAUAUUUGAAGUUAGUAUGGUUUUUUAGAUAUAUUUUUUUGUAUUUGUAAAUUGAUAAUUCUCUAGAUCCAUAUUGGUCUUUGAUUGCUUCCAUGUCUUUUAGCUUCCAGGAAUAAUCUUAACUGCAUGAUUUUCUUUUGUAAUUUGUUUUUACUUUAGUAUUUAGCUCAAGAAUAAUUAUGUUGUGUCGUGUUCUGAUACAAGACACAAGAAAAUCCAUGAAUCUACAUCUUUUUGUAGUUAAAAACAAACACCGGACAGAAUAGUUGAUCUCAAACUUUGAAGAAUAAGCAGAACAGAUCACAAUACUAAUCACUGAGCUUUGUUUUUUGUCAAGAUUAUUUGUUUCCAUUUGGGGACAUUAAAGAUGGUGAAUGCUGAACUGAGUUUGUCUUGUGAUAAUGAUAGAACAUUUUAACUGGACCAAUUUGAAUGCUUGUACUAGUUCAGCACAUCAGUCACAAAUCUGUACUUGGGAGUUUUGUUAGUGCCCUCUUUCUUGCUAAAUAGAAUUUCAGCUUGCUAGCAAUAUGGGACAUGGUACACAUUAAAAAAAAAAAUUGCUAUAAAUUGGCUUUUUAUUUUUAAAUGUUUCAUACACGUUUUCACUAGCUAUGCUUUACUAGCUGCAAAGCCAAAAGUAACUAUUUUGCAAUUCAUAGAUUGGUAUUUUGUCAUUCUUAGAUAUUUUAUAGCGACAAAACCCACCCAGAAAUUAUGUUUGUGUGUUAUCAGAGAUGCAAAUUCCUACGUCACAAUGUUGCAACCUUUGUGAGUAUUGCCAAAAAAGAAAUACAGAUAUGGUAUAUUUGAUCAUGUUUGCAAUAAAACUGUUGCUAUAGUUAUACUUUUAAUCUUGUGUGGUUUUAUUCACAUCACAUAAUUAUGUGUAGGUAUGCCUAAGGAGUGGAAGAUCGUUUUUAAAACAUGAAUAUUUAACAAAAUUGCAGCUAAGUGAUCAGGAUGGAGAUGCUGGGGUUUUGGUGACAAUUUUAUAAGUACAUGUAUGUUGAAAAGCAAUUGCAAGUUGAUGCAUAACAAUGUUGACAUAUUUUUGUAAACUAGUUGAUGUGUUUGUAUGUUAUUUACAGAAAGAAGUUUUUACUGCACACAUUUACAACAAAUAUUAAAGUAAUGUAAUUAUUAAUUUAACAAAGCAUAUGGUUAUAAGUUGGAAUGUUUUUUGCAUGUCCGUUUUUGACGGGUUUUUAUUAUGGUAUGGUGUCUGUUAAUUUUUCUUAUCCUGGCCAUGUCUUCCUGACCAAUUCAUAUAGAACAUCAAACCUUUCAUACAAGUACAACUUGGGAUGACAAUUGGUCAUGCACCAUAAUUAGGUCACCAUUACCCACUUUUCACAGAUUAAUGCACAUAAAUGGAAAUUCCUGUCUGGGCCAUUAAGCCUUGCAUGCAAGUACAACUUGGAACGGUGGUGUAUUAUGAACCAUAACUAGGUCACAGUGACCUACUUGGAAUGGUUUUAGAUAAUAUACAUUCUGCUGUAGCUGUUUUUCUCAUUUGCCAUUCUCAUCCCUGUAUAUUGUAAUAUUAAAACCUAGACUUACUUUCCAUUGUAGAUCGCUGAUGUUCUAUCAGAGAUUAAUCAUAUAAUUUGCUUAGUUUCUAUGUAUCGAAAGAAAAUCUUGUUCAGCCUUUGAGGAAUCUAAGAUGGUUUUACUUUCCUAGAUGUUUACAUACAUAAACUAUUUGUCUGUUAGGACAAAUGUGCUACUCUUUCCUCUCUAAUAUCUAACAACGAGCUAUAGCUUUAUAAAUUGACAUAAUUAUAAUUGAAGCAUACAUGUAAAAAAAAAAGAUUCAUUAAUGUGACUGUGCUUCUCCAUCAAACUCUUGAUGGGAGUACCUCACCGGUACUCUUAUUUUAUACUACCAGUAUUUUGCUGAUCUACAUUGUUAACUCAAAUGCUGACAUGUAUUUGAAUGUUGUGACUUGUGAGAGAAAAUUUCUCAUAUAUUCAUUGCUUGGAUCAUAUUGACAUAUAUUCUUUGUUGUAUAGCAAUAAAUGCUUUAUUUGUACACAGGGCUAGCUCUGCCACUCGCCAAAUUUGCCAAUGCCAAUUUUAAUAACAAUUGGCAAAUUUGGCGGAGAAAACAAUUUGUGUAGUAAUGGAUAUUUUGUUGAAAAAUAGCUAUAGGUUAUGCAUUUAUAAGAUAAUUUGGCAAAAUGUUUAGAUCACUCAGAGCUAACCCUGGUACAUGUCCCAGUUGCCUUGUACAUACCCAGACAUUUUAAUACACAGUGGUGCAAUAGGUUGAUUCAAUUCUUGUUUCCUCUGUUUGUUGUAAUAACGUCACCUUGAACAUAAGUAAAUGAGAUGUAACCAGAGACUAGUUUAUCUGGGGCCAAUCAAAAUAUUUUUGUACUAAAACUAACCAGAUGCUAUUAAUUGUAUUGGGUUUAAACUGUUUAUCAAGUACUAACAUUCUGGUUUUAAACUUUGUACUGGAAUUGUCAUGGGCAUGACCCAUUUACAUUGUAUUAUGUCUUAAUUCAUAGUAAUCUUAGCUUAAUACGUUAUUCAGUUGACUAGGGUAAACCGAUAAGAUAAAAAGUUUAUAUUAAACUGCUGGGAUUUGUAUUACCAUGUUGUUUGUUUGUAUACAUGCAUCAAUGUGGGUCGCGUUUAUAAAACCAUUAGUCUCAUGUCUAACGCUCAAAUCUGAAAGUCCACACUAUUUAUUUUAUAAACACAGGCCCUCCGUAUUUAGAAUUGCUCGAAUAAUCACUUGAAUCACUUUUUAUACUGUAACUGGCAAACCCAACCCCAAGCCUCUCAGAAGUCCCUACAUGAAUACCGGACCAGUGCUACCAUUAGACAAACUGGGCAAUUGGUUACCAUGUGUCAAGAAAGUCAACAACCAUACUUCAUUCUCCACAAGUUUUUGAAAAAAAAAGAGAAGUAGAUGAUGAUCAGUAGUGUGCUGUUUAAAUAUGUGCAACAAGAACAGUGAUGUGAAUGAAUAGCAGAGUAUCUGCCUGUUUGUGAAAGAAUGAUAAUUGAAGUUGCAACCUACAAAAAUGUAUUAUCACCUAUUGGUUUCCAUGCUCGCAAUUUAUGGUAACCUGUACAUGGUUAAAUUUGGCGUCUGAUUAAUUACCAUUCAUUAUGAUGGUGCUAUGGUUAGUACUAUCUCAGAUGCCAAAUAAUGUUGUGUCUGCUGGCCAUUUACAAUCUGUAUUGGCAUUAUGAAACUGAAAGUUGUGUAGGAAGAUGGUCUUCGGCGUAUCCUUCACCAUUGUAUAUAACCAGCUUCACAGUAAUUUUGAAUUUGGGAUACGGACAUAAGCUUCAAUGACCCUGUAGUCAGUUCCACGUCCUGAACGUCAAACUAAUGUUUGUUGGUUUGUAUUCAAUAAAAAAAUAUACAAAGACUAUGUUAGUCAGAUUUAGUUUUAAAUUAGUAUUUGACCAAACAACUUGCCAUCCAGUGCUCAAACGCAAGUCAUUAUUGCAAAUUAUUACAUAAUGGCUUCAUUUUGAAUAGAAGCAAGCUUUUACAAAGAGUAUGUAAAAUGUAUUCUGCUGUUUGGAUGGUCAGUUCAUUGAAAUCUUGUACCAUAGAUGAUAGACCUUUUACUUUGCACAAGGUCACUUUAGAUUUUAUCAUAUACCAUUCUUAGAAUUACCAUUACUGAACUAGUAAUAGAGGUGAAGCAAUGAAUCACCAAUCGGUCUUGGAAGUUGGAAACCAUGCACAAAAUACUUGCAAAUAUAAUUACGCAAUCGUUAACACCAUUUCAGACCUAUGUACUCAUUGUUUAUGUCAUCAUCUCUACCAGACACAAGUCAAAUGGAAUAUAAUAUAUGGAAAGCAUUUGUGUGUUUUUUACCGUGUUGGGUACACGAUUUGCCUACAUUAAGAAAACUUUGUCAUGAUCGUACAAUUAUUUUACAGUUAAAAUGGCUACACCUGAAGCAUAAACUAGUUACCUUACAUGUAUGUCAUUGACAUGGUCAUACAUAACAAAAAGGACACUUUAGUUUUUAAUAGGUCAGUGGGUGGAGGUGGAGUGUUCUAAGAAAUGGCCGACAUUCAUUCUGAACAACAAAAGCCGAAAUAUACAAUUUCAUGAUACAAGGACAUUGUCUUCUGUGAAAUGGAGCAAUAGUUGCAACAAUAUUAAAAACAACCCACCCCCACCCCCAAAAUUCCGACAAAAAAAAAGCACACUAAAUGAACCUUUUAAAAAGUCAUGUUUGUGUGUGCGUCUAUAAUGCCGAUUCUUUACCCCGUUCCUCAGUACUGGUAUGGCAACGUAUGCAACUUCAUCAAAGUCUGCGGGUUCACUUCUUGUGUACAUACUUGUUUAUGAUCCACUCUGAUCAAUGUAAUGUUCUGUUAACAAUAGGGCCCAGUUAUCACUGCUGAAUCACUCGUAGGGCUUAGUGACUUUCAUCACUCAAAGGAUUCUUAUAAACAUCAAGGUGGGUUUUUUGUUGUUGCCCAUUUUGCUAUUUUUAUGCAUUUAGGGUCCAAAGAUCAUAUGGAAAUUAACCACUUUUAUAAUGUGACGAGGUUGGUCAGGUUUUUUCCCCAGUACUUUUAGCUGUCAUAUAUGUGUGUGUGCAACCUCCAUACAGCAGUAAAUAUUUUUAAUAGGCAACAUAAUUUAUCUGGCAGUUUAAAAAAAAAAAAAAAAGUUUGAAUAAUAAUUAUUAAGAGUCAAUGUAUAAAUUUCCUUUUGUUAUAUUAUCUAGAAGACAUCGACACAUCAUGGUUGUGUGUAUAAUUUCUGCAUAAAGAGGAAAAUGUACAAUCUGAAAUUAGAUCUCAUGUAAAUUUGUAAAUUUUUGGUAUGCAUGUUCCUAGCAGUUAAAUUCUGUGAUUGCAGAAGGAUUUUGGCCAUCUCUGAAUAUCGAAAUACACACCAUUUCAACAUGUCAAAUUACUAAACAGGUUUUAUGUACUGGUACACAACAUAGGCACAUUUUAUGGGUUUGAUAGUGCUUAGAUGUUGUACUUUUUCAUGUUGCAUGCAUAUAUGAUUAUUUACCUGUAUCUCUACUGAAGCAGGUCAAAGAGAAAAUGAUGUAUGUCUGUAUUUAAUAAAAUGGUGCUGCUUACAGCUCAAGUUGAA